CCCUCGAAGGCCAGACUCACAAACGCUUACUAGCCUUCAAUUUGUUGACUAUAAAGAGCCAAUUGUUGAAUCAACGAUAUUAUUCGAUUAUCAGACAUCGAUAACACACAAUCAAAAUGUUUAAGCUAUUCUUGUUCGCCUGCUUCCUGGCCGUCGCCGCCGCCAAGCCUGCCGUCGUGCCUGUGGCGUACACAGCAGCGUACACCGCUCCCGUGGCAGCCGCGUACACGGCUCCCGUCGCAGCGGCCUACACCGCUCCCGUCGCGUACUCAGCGUACACCGCGCCUGUGGCCUACUCCGCUUACAGCUACGCUUCCCCGUACGCCGCUUACUAUCUUCGUUGAUAAUCUCAACAAAAUAUGGACUCGAAAACCGACAUUCAGCAAAUAUGUUAUUAAAUGAGUGAACCGUUUAAAA